GGUAUAGUGCAUUGAAGAUUUGAUGUAGCACUGGCCUGGAAGUGGAUGCCCUGCCCGCCUUAAAUAGUGACACAAAUAACAAAGUGUUAUAAACCUGUCACAGACACAGCUCACAAGUCACAGCUUAAUGGCCACACCAUUAUCAUCCUUCAACUUCAACCCUUCAACUUCAACAAAUACAAAAACCCUUCUUCAAAACCCCCAUUAUACUUAUACCCACUUUUUGUCAAACUCUCAAACCCAAAACCCAGACCUAAAACUCACUAUCACUGGGCCUUCUAGGCUGUGUGGCCAUGUCCCCAUCAGUGGUUCCAAGAACUCAGCAUUGGCCAUUCUGGCUGCCACCCUUUGCUGCUCGGGCACUUGUAAGCUUAACAAUGUCCCCAAUGUAUCAGAUACUCGAGAUAUGGCUUCCAUUUUGACCUCCUUGGGAGCCCAAAUCCAUGUCUCUCUGUCUCAAAGUGAUGGCCAAUACUUGGUUAACACUGAUGGGGUCCACUCCGUCGAGCCUUGUUCCGAUGCCAUUCGCAAGAUUCGAGGUGGGUUCUUUGUUAUCGGGCCUUUGCUGGCUCGUUUCGGCGAGGCCACUGUCGCAUUGCCCGGCGGCUGCGACAUCGGGGCUCGCCCUGUCGACUUGUUCAUUCGAGGCCUUCGUGCUCUUGGUGCUAUUGUUUAUGUCAGGAAUGGGAAAGUUCAAGCUUGUACAGAGAAUGGCAGAGGAUUGGUAGGGGGGAGAUUCCAACUUGAUUACCCCAGUGUUGGGGCAACUGAAACUCUUAUGAUGGCAGCAUGUAUGGCUGAUGGAGUCACUGUACUCUCAAAUGUUGCCCAAGAACCAGAGGUGGUUGAUCUUGCUUGUUUUCUAACAGAGUGUGGAGCCUGUAUAGAGGGAGCAGGAAGUGACCAGCUUAUUAUCAAGGGAAAGUGUCAAUUGCAUGGUGUUGAAUGUACUAUUUCACCUGAUCGCAUUGAAGCAGGCACCUUUAUGCUUGCUGCAGCAAUUACUCGCUCUUGCAUCUCAGUGUCACGUGUCAUCCCUUCCCAUCUAACAUGUUUGAUAGACAAACUAUUAACUUCUGGUUGCAAAAUCAGACAGUGCAACCAUGACACUUUUGAGAUUUCAGCAGCCUCUACAGAUGUUAAAGAUCUGCGAGGUUUUGAUAUUAAGACAGGCCCAUUUCCUGGGUUUCCUACGGAUCUUCAACCUCAAACAAUGUCUCUACUCACCACAUGCAUCGGUUCUAGCAUUGUGGAGGAAUGUGUAUUUGACAAACGUAUGGGUCAUGUAAAAGAACUGCGUAAGCUUGGAGCAAGAAUUCAGCUUUGUGGGAGCACUGCUCUAGUUUUUGGGAAAGAUAAAGGGAGUCCCUUGCGUGGUUCUCAACUAGUUGCAACUGAUUUAAGAGGUGGGAUGGCACUGGUAUUAGCAGGAUUAGCAGCAGAAGGAACUACAGAGAUCAGUGGUGCUGCUCAUAUUUACAGAGGUUAUGAGAAUUUAGAGAUGAAGUUUCAGUUUCUAGGAGCUGAUAUCAAAAGAUUGAUUCCCCUUGCAUGUACAUAAUAGCAACCACAAUACAAGCUUCCUAAUUUGGAAAGUGAUGCUCCUUUUCUCAUUUUAAUUAGAGUCUCGGGUGCCCAUAGAACAUUUGUUAAUGAGUCAUUUUAGGAAAAUUGUAAUACCACUUCUAUAGAAAAUAUAAAAAGUUGUCAUAAAAGUAA